AUGCCGACCGUCAACCUGAAGCGCGAUCAGCUCUUCGCCGCGCUCGGCAAGACGUACACCGAGGCGGAGUUCGACGAGCUGUGCUUCGAGUUCGGGAUCGAGCUCGACGAGGUGACGUCCGAGAAGCAGAUGGCGUCCAAUGGCGGCGCGCCGGAGGACGACGAGGUCAUCUACAAGAUCGACAUCCCCGCCAACCGGUACGACCUCCUCUGCCUCGAGGGCAUCGCGCGCGCGCUCAACGUCUUCCGCGGCGUGACCCCGAGCCCGGUGUUCCGCCUCGUGGAGCCGCCGAACGGCGCGCCGAGGCAGAAGAUGAUCCAGCGACCGGAGACGAUGCUCGUGAGGCCGUUCGUCGUCUGCGCGGUGCUGCGAGGCGUGAAGUUCGACAAGGCGCGCUACGACUCGUUCAUCGACCUCCAGGACAAACUGCAUCAAAACAUCUGCCGGAGGCGCACGCUCGUCGCGAUCGGGACGCACGACCUCGCGACGAUCCGCGGGCCGUUCACGUACGAGGCGCUCCCGCCGGAAGACAUCGCGUUCACGCCGCUGAAGCAGACGCGAGAGUUCCGCGCGGACGAGCUGAUGGAGCACUACGAGUCGGACAACAAGCUGAAACACUUCCUUCACAUUCUCGACGGCUCCGUCGUGUUCCCGGUGAUCUACGACGCGGACCGGACCGUGCUGUCGCUCCCGCCGAUCAUCAACGGCGCGAAGAGCGCCAUCACGCUGGACACGCGCGACGUCUUCAUCGAGUGCACGGCGACGGAUCUGAACAAGGCGAAGAUUGUCCUCAACACUGUCGUCGCGAUGUUCAGCGAACACUCCUCCACGCCGUUCGCCGUGGAGCCCGUGGACGUCGUCGACGCGCUCGGAUCGGAGAAGACGUACCCGGACUUCAUGACGCGGUUCGUGGAGGUUGACCCGAAGUACGUUAAUCAGCGCAUCGGCGUGGAUAUCGACGCGAAGACGAUGGCGGCGCUGCUGUGCCGGAUGCAGUUGGCGACCAAGGUAAGCGACGACGGCGAGACGCUUCGCGUGGAGGUGCCGCCGACGCGGUCGGACGUGUUGCAUCCGUGCGACAUCGCGGAGGACGUCGCGAUCGCGUACGGGUACAACAACAUCAAGCGGACGAUUCCGAAGAUGGCGACGGUCGGCGCGCAGCAGCCGCUGAACCACUUCAGCGACUUGAUUCGAAACGAAGUCGCGGCGAUGGGAUUCAGCGAGGCGUUGACGUGGAUUCUGUGCUCGCACGACGACAACUACGCGAACGUGAUGCGCGAGGACGACGGGAAGUCGGGCGCGAUCGUCGCGAACCCGUCCAGCACGGACGUCCAGGUCGUGCGCUCGUCGCUGCUGCCCGGGGUGUUGAAAGCCAUGGGGGCGAACAAGGACGCGCCGCUGCCGGCGAAGCUGUUCGAAGUGGGCGACGUGGUGCUCCUCGACGACUCCGAAGACGUCGGCGCGCGAAACUCCAGACGGCUGCUCGUGCUGUACUCGAACGCGAAGGCUGGUUUCGAGGUGGUUCACGGCGUGCUCGACCGCGUGCUGUUGAUCGCGGGCGCGUCGAGAAGCGUCGAUCAACCCGGGUACAGCGUGAAGGAGAGCGAUGAGGCGACGUACUUUCCGGGGAGACAGGCGAAGGUGGUGGUCGGUGGGAAGGAGGUCGGGAUCUUCGGGAUCGUGCACCCGGACGUGCUUAGCAAGUUUGACAUCGUGAACCCGUGCUCGGUGCUGGAGUUGGACUUGGAGCCACUGCUGGGGGGUGUGGACGGGAGGCUAGAGCUGUGA